AUGGUCCGAUGCGUCAUAACAGACGUACAACUGGUUGGUGGUCCAUCAUCUAAUAAAGGUACAGUAGAGAUCAAGCAAGAUGGCGGUGAUUGGGAGACGACAUGUGGAACAAAUCUUGACAUCAAUGACGUCAUUGUCAUCUGCAGACAGUUAGGAUUCACAGGAGCAAGCCAAGCAGUGAAGACGACACCUUAUGGACAGAAUUCAAAUCCUCUCAUAGGGUUGAAUUGUUACGGAAGUGAAGGCAGCCUGUCAGCAUGUUCUACAUUACCUACAUCCGGGUGUUCUUCAGCAGGAUCAGCAUCUUGUCAUGGUGACGGAUAUCUUGGAUGCUUUAUGGAUACGAGGAAUGGCAGGGUGUUGUCUGGCGAAAGUAUGUUAAAUAUUUCAUUGAUGAGUAUUUCAUAUUGCAUCCAGUUCUGUCAAGGGUCUACCACAGCUAACUAUGUAUACGCUGGUGUUGAAAGUGGAAAUGAAUGUUACUGUGGAAAGGCCAGUGAUAACUAUACUAGACAUGGAGUGGGAGUAAAUUCAGACUGUUCUCUUCCAUGUCAUGGAGACCCAACUGAGAGCUGCGGUGGACCUGGAUACAUAGCUGUCUUUAGAAAUGUACAACUGGUUGGAGGUCCAGCAUCUAAUAAAGGUACAGUAGAGAUCAAACAAGAUGGCGGCGAUUGGGAAACGACAUGUGGAAUGAAUCUUGACAUCAAUGACGUCAUCGUCAUCUGUAGACAGUUAGGAUUCACAGGAGCAAGUCUAGCAAUGACAGCCACACCUUAUAAACAGAAUUCAACACCUGCCAUAGGUUUAGGUUGCGACGGAAGUGAAGGUAGCCUGUCAGAAUGUCCUACAGUACCACCUACAUCAGGGUGUUCUCCAGCAGGAUCAGCAUCUUGCCAUGGUGAGAGAUAUCUUGGCUGUUUCAAGGAUAACACAACUGACAGAGUGUUAUCUAGCAAGGUCACACUUUCUAGUGAAGCGAUGAGUAUUUCAUAUUGCAUCUGGUUUUGUCGAGAUUUUACCACAUCUUAUUUCACAUACCUUGGUGUUGAAAAUGGAAAUGAAUGUUACUGUGGGGUAGCCAGUGAUAACUAUGCGAGACAUGGAGUGGGAGUUGAUUCGGAAUGUUCUGCUCCUUGCCACGGAGACCCAACUGACAGCUGCGGUGCUUCAGGAUACAUAGCUGUCUUUGAAGUACGAGCCGCCAUGGUGCCAACGAUGAAUACGCCACCUGAAUCAAUGAGUAUGUUCCCCUACUUAUCAUGCUUAUAA